GUGGUCAUGGGAGCUCUGAUGGCCAGUGGGAAAGAGGUGCUCGGCCGAAUCCCAUCUGGAAAGCUGUUUGACUUUGAGGCCAUGACUACAGCCAGUCCUGAUCGCUUCAGUAAGACCGUCAAGAGUUGGAUGAACUUAAAGAGUUUGCCGAGUUGGUACCAGAACCUUCCACUGGUUUCAGAGACGUUCCAGUUAACGAGGACCAUGAUUGAAGUUCUCAACACAGACUCGUCUUCGCACUGUUCCAAGAAAUCCUGAACUUGAAAUACCAUCCAGUCAUUCAAAACACAAAGGGCCGUCUCUACUCAAGGCAUCUGUGCUCACAGUUUUCACUUUCACAUGGUUUUUACAUAUCAAAUAUCAGUACAGAUUCUCUUUGAUUUUAGCUUUUGUAUUUACACAAACAUGGAGAAGAGAGUUGACACUUUAUUCAAAUUUUAAAUCGAAUAUAAAUUUCUGAUGUCCUUUAUGACGUUAAAAAUUCAGCAAUUCCGAGCAUAAUCUGAGGUGGGGGAAAAAACAGCAGAGAAUGUAACGGAAUAUAAUUGGAAAUCUUUAUUAAAUUAUUAUUCACCAGUUGCUUUUCAUUCGUUUUUUUGGUUUUAGAAUUGAAUCGGCGGUGACUUGUUAGCAGAGAUGCCCUUUGAAGAGUUUAUUAAGCAAUAUUCUUCAGCUCGGAGUUUCUUUCUGAAUACUUGAACACAGUGGGGAAAUAUGUUUGCAGAUGUUUUUGUUCGUUUGAAAGACAGAAGUUGGUAAUAUUGCCAUGUUCACUGUCCACACUGGCUCUAUUUAAUGACUCGUCUGAAUAAUGUACGAUCAGAUUCUGGAGAUGUUCAUGUGAACACUGGAAAC